UACGAAUUUGGCGCUUGCACGUCAAAGUUUCACUGCGUCUCGUGUGGAAACUCGCGGAAAAAGUUUACCUUUAGCGCGUCUAAGCGGAAAAUGAACGCGAAGGAAAAUUUUCCAAAUUUUUCGGGGCUGAAAAAGUUGGGAUCAAUUUAAUAAGUAUUUUUUUGUCACUGUUUGAAUUUAGUAACUCUUGUUCUGAAGUGUUAUUUUUUCAAUAUGUAAAUGACAUCUGACACCUCCAGCUCUCCAGAAUGAACCGCAGCGACCUCUACCUCGAGUCUGACUGGUUCAAUUGGACCUACGACAACCUAACAUUGAACAUCACCGAUUUCGACAUUGAAGGCUGGGAAAAAUGGUCCGAUCUCAUCCAAGACAGAGCUGUAGUAGUCUCGUUACUACUCCUUUUCUCUCUGUGCACAGUUUUCGGAAACAUGCUGGUUAUCAUGGCUGUAAUCCGCGAAAGAUAUCUCCAUACACCUACGAACUAUUUUAUAACUUCACUAGCCGUAGCAGAUUGUUUGGUAGGAUUAGUUGUAAUGCCCUUUAGUGCUCUUUAUGAAGUACUAGGGCAUACAUGGUUCUUUGGACCUGAUUGGUGCGAUAUUUGGAGAUCUCUAGAUGUUCUAUUCUCAACAGCUUCAAUCCUGAACCUGUGCGUGAUAAGUCUUGACAGAUACUGGGCUAUAACUGACCCCAUAGCCUACCCAAUGCGUAUGACUCGACUUAGAUCAGUAGUACUGAUCGCAGCGGUUUGGAUUUGUUCCAGUGCUAUCUCAUUCCCGGCUAUAGUAUGGUGGAGGGCUGUAAGAACUGAGCCUAUUCCAAAGUACAAGUGCCCGUUCACUGAGCACCUUGGCUACCUGAUAUUUUCUUCAACUAUUUCAUUCUAUCUGCCACUUUUCGUGAUGGUUUUCACCUAUUACCGCAUCUAUCGAGCCGCUGUGGCUCAAACCAAAAGCCUGAGGCUUGGAACAAAGCAAAUACUGAUUGGAGCAGGCGAAUUGGAGCUGACACUAAGGAUUCACCGAGGUGGAACAGGUAAAAAUGUUCAAAACGAUAACAGAAACCUGUACAAUACUCAGGAGGACGAGCCUUUGACUGCGCUGGCUAAUAACGGCUUGAACAGGAUACCCUCAACGCGAUUGGGUGCUCACAGUAAGAACUUCUCCUUGAGCAGGAAGUUGGCGAAGUUUGCUAAGGAGAAGAAGGCAGCUAAAACACUGGGGAUUGUAAUGGGAGUGUUCAUAGUGUGUUGGUUGCCGUUUUUCGUGGUGAAUUUGCUCUCUGGAUUUUGUCUGCAGUGUAUCUGGCACGAGAAGAUCGUUCUGGCUGUUGUGACGUGGCUGGGAUGGAUCAAUUCCAGCAUGAAUCCAGUUAUUUAUGCUUGUUGGAGUAGAGAUUUUCGUAGGGCUUUUUUGAGAAUUCUUUGCGUCUGCUGUCCACGUUCCAUCAGACGGAAAUACCAGCCAGCCUUCAGGAGCAAACCCAGCCAAUACUUCAACUCGCACACGCAAGUACUGGAGCCGACUUCAAGUACGUGCACGUACUCGUCGGUUGGUCAGCACGAACUCUAUCCGUUAUGACGUCAUUUAAAGCACCACCAAUCGGCGAUCCAGAUCUCGCAGAGCGGAUUGACAGCUCCGGGCAGUCCUACCCACAGAGUAGUGCACUCGUGUAGUCCAUCGCCCAGUUCCAUGCGAGUGGCGUAAAGAAGAAGAAUGAAAAGAAGAUUUUUUGAGGUUAUGGAUGUAAGAGAAUCGUUUUUUUUUUGUUUGAAUAAAAAGAUUAAGAGUAUAUUAUGCUGUACUGUUUGGUUUGGUGUGUGGCCGAAGGAAAUAUAUAUUAUAUUUCAGAAAUUAUUCGGAAAAUUAUUGUGUUCCUAGUAAAGCGAUAACAAACAAAAACUUACGUGUUGUUUUCUUAAAUUUGAAGCAAUUUUGAGUAGCAAAUUGUACCUAAAUUUAUUAUAUGUCGUGUUUAGAACAGGAAAUAUAAAGAAAAGAAGACAGAAAUAGACUACUAGCAUUUAGAGAGAAAAAUCAAUAGUUCUAAGUCUCCCUCGUUCUUGUAAUAAUGUAUGUUUUUAAUUAUAAUAUAAUAUAACAAUCUUACGGGGAAAAUAUACG